AUGUCUCUAACAUGGACAAACGAGUUAACUGAAACGUUGAUAGAUUUAUAUCACAAACAUAAUAUGUUAUGGGAUCAAAAUGACGAGGAUUAUAAAAAUAAAAUUAAAAGAAAAGAGGCUUUAGAAGCUAUCAGUGGUAUAAUGGGAAUACACGAGCUUGAAUUGAAGAGGAAAAUUAAAAAUUUGACAACACAAUUCUUUAGAGAGAGAAAGAAAACACGAAAAGAAUGUAAAUCUGGCGGGUUAUCUGGUAAUUCAAAAUGGUUUGCUUAUCAGCGGCUGCUUUUUUUAACAGAUACUAAUAAAUCUAGGUCGUGUAUGGAAAAAGAUUCAAGUGAAACAAAUGAUUUCAACCCAGAAACGAGCACUGCGAAAGUAGUGUACCAAAAUCGAAGUCCAGUACCAGAUGAUGCUACAACACACGACUCAAUAGUUGAACUGUCACUAGACCGACUGGAUUCUGAAGGAUGUUCAACCAAAUCGGAUAAUGAAAAAAUAAUAACAGGCUCAAAAAGAAAUUUUCUAAAGGCCUAUAACGAUUCUAAUGAAAGAGAAAUUAAGAAAUCUCGAAACGAAUUCACUAUUUUUGGUGAAUAUGUUGCAAACAAAAUAGAAGCUUUAAAUACAAGCUACGCUCAAAACGUAGUAGAACAUCUGAUAUCUAAUAUUUUAUUUGAAGCGAGCAUCGGAAAAUAUGAUUAUCCCACUGAUGCACACAUUUCG